GCUUAAAUAUGGGGACUGAAUUGCAAAUUUCUAAAAACCAUUAAACCUAGUUCCUUUGUCCAUUAACAGCGACCAACCCUUUAAUUUUUAUCGUCCUAAAAGGAAACUGAGUAGUAAAAACUGUUACAGAUGACGGCGGCGGCGCAGGAGAGAAAAGAGGUGGCUGAGCGGUGGUGGAUUGGAGAAGCGGCGGCGACUGGUUUGGCAGAUCAAGCAUUUGAAGGCCGCUAUUUUUGCUGGGCGGAGGUGAUUUUCUGGAAUUGCUGUCUGUCACAGAGAAAGAGAAAUCUCAGAGGUUUUCCGGCGAAUUGGUUUCUCCCGAAUUCGGAAUUUCGCCGGAGAAUCGGUUGUUGUGAGGUAUGAGUAUGGGUGAAGACCUCCGGCGCGAUUUUUCCCGGCGAAUUGGUGGCGUGUGUGAGUUUGUUUUCAUUGAAGCUUUCCUGGCUGGCUGGGGGCAAUUCUGCCAUUUCACAGGCAAAAAUGAAGAGAAAAAUCGCUCCAGCUGCGCGUGAAAGACACGUGGGGUACGGAUACCUUGACUUUUUUUUAGCCUGGGGGUACAUGGGUCAUAUGUUUUUUGACGGGGGUUAUUUACGAAUUAGGUAUUUCAAAGGGGUACCUAUUGCAAUUAACUCAAUAAUAAUAAUAAUAAAUUGGUUACUUAGUAGCAGUUACCCGAUAUAUUCCCGCUAAAUUCAACUAACUGCUCACUGAUGGCAGUUAAGAAUUAAGAGUUCUCACCAUUAAUAUAUUCAAUCUUCUGUUAUAAUUCUCUCUCCAUUUGUUCUUCAAGAGAAAAAAAAACUCAACAGCACAAUAUUUUCGAGUUCUGAUCUUCAAGAAAGCUCUGUUUCGAUUCUUUCUCUGGAUUCUUCGGGUCAGGUUCUGAGUUUACGUGCAGCGACCUUUAGAUUCGAAACUUAAAGAAGGAUUUCAUUAGCAAUGCAUCGUAAUCAGCAAGCCCAGAUGCAGCCAAACUUCUUCGGAGUAUGUUGGUUUAAUUUUAAGAAGCACAUUGAUGCUCAACAAGAGUAUUAUCGUCCUCCUCACACCGGUUAUUGGAGUAAUUUUGUUCACGAUUUGUACGACACGAGAGCAGUGGAGAAGUUGUGUGUCGAUAAAUGCAAAGACAUUCAGAUGUGCAAAAACCCGAUUUGUAUGGAAGUUGAAGGGUAUGCUCGGAAAUGCAAUAUCUGUGGGUCGUCGUCGAAUAGAAUUUUUGAGGCAAAUCACAAGUCACUGCCACAUGUGCUGGAGUCUAAAUACCAGACCGGUCUAAUGAGUGAUGUCAUCCUUUAUGGCACGACUCGAGAAGAAUUCUUACCGAAUGGAAACUUUUUGCUGGAAUCCAGAAAUACUGUUAGACAUAUGAAAUACGCAGACUUUACCGUAGUUUACGAAGGAACACUUGGUGUGGUGUUCAACAAGAUUAAUGCCAAGAUAUUAUCAUGGAACUUUUGUGCUAAAAAUGUUCAAGUCCUUGUUCCAGGUCAUCAAAUAUCGAAAUAUAUGGUAUGUAUAAUGUAUUAUUCUACAGCUUUCUCGUCGACCACUGCAGCAAUCUUGUCUGAAAAAAAAACCAUUUUUUUUUUUUGCUUUGAAUUCUUUUUGCAGCCACCAGGAGUGCAGCUGACUCGGUCUGUAGCAAUCAGUGUUGGGGGAUUUGAGAUUUACGCUGCUAUCUAUGGGGUUGAUAUCGAUUCUCAUAUAGACAGAUUUGGUCUUCCUCGGUUGUAUACUAGAUCCUUUAUGCAGCUUGAUAAUUUUGUUCCUAGUAAUGAUAACGACACGGGUAGUCGACCAACUGCGAACUUGAUCGCAUUAAUCGACAAACGACAAGAAGGGAACUGAGAGCUGCAGCAGCUACAUUGCAAUAUAACCAUGUGACUAUAUAGGCCUUAUUUUCUGCCAGAAACUUUAUGCCAAAUUCUUGCAUCUAUAAGUAGUAGGAUAUUAUACAUUUCUAUCUUACAUAUAUGAAAAGGUUGACUUUUGAGAUCAGUUUGACUUUUCUGAAUAUGAACUAGAAGAGUUGGGGGCCGAAAUAUCAAAUUAAGGUAUUCGGUGCUCAAGUUUGAAUACAUAUUUUUUGUUCGAUAUAAAUGUUGAGGCUCGGUUCAUAGUCGAGCUAUCCUAUCGAUUAUAGGAUAAAAAGAAGUGAC